AUGAGAAGAACCACCGUCGAUGACGAAACCACACCGUCCCACCAGCCCAUCUCUACCGCGCAACAACCAAUCUCCACCCAAGAAACCCUUCAAGAGCCCAUCGCCGACGACGAUAAGGAUUUAGAGGAGUUUGCAGGAGAUCAUUCGGAUCCGCGCCACAUAGUGCGCGUCUGCUCCCUCGUCCGCAGCAUCUUCCGCUCCGUCGCGCACCCGGUUGCGAUAGUGACGGCCCUCGCUCCCGAAACCGCGGAUGACAGCAUCGGCGUGUCGGAUGGCUCGUUCGGCGGAACCCAGGUGGGGGACGAGUGGGAAGAUGCCCUCAAGUCGAUGCGGGCCAUGACCAUAUCGUCGCUCAAUACUGUCUCGCUCGACCCGACGCCCGUCAUCAGCUUCAACGUGCGAGUUCCAUCGUCAACCUGGGACGCGAUCCGCGCAAGGCGCCACUUCCGCGUAGCACUGCUAAAAGCUACGGAGCGAGGGAGCGAGAUCGCCAAGCUCUUCUCCAAGGGCGACGCCAUGGAGGGCUACCGCCUCGUGUUGGCGGGUGGUAGCUCCGUCACCUUGCACCAGCCCGGCAGCCUGCUACGGGUGACAGAAUCAGCCGUACAACGCAAGGUUACUGCGAAGAAUAUCGAUCCGAACCCUGCGCCUUACAUCAAGAGUCGUGCCUUCCUGUGCUUUUUCGACGCCGAGUUGCGGCCAGAACAGUGCGUGCAAGUCAACGACCACAUUAUUGUUGUCGCGGACGUGAGGCGCGUAAUUAAGAGUUCGACAGCUCUGAGUAGAGACCAUGAUAAACCUGCCCCCACGCUGAGCUACUUCAAUCACAAGUUU